CUUAUUAUUCAACCGGAUCUAUUUAAGCUACAGCUUAUGUUUGAAUCUUCGAGUUCAGUAUCAUUUGCGAUUUUUCCAGCGAUACGUUAAGUACUUGUUUGUUUUAAUCGAUUUUGUAUAAUUUGUGUUAAUUUAACAUAAACAAGAUGAUGAAAUUCGUGAUUCUUUCAUUAGUCUGUGUUGCCGUGGUUUCUGCACAAUUUGGCGGUGGUGGCCGCCCUAUUGGCGGCGGUGGUUUCCAACAGGGCGGUGGUGGUUUUCAACAGGGUGGUGCCAGUGGUGGUUUCGGCCAAGGUGGUCAAAGUGGUUAUGCACAGGGAGGCGGCAGUCAAGGUAGCCAAGGUGGACAAAAUAGCUACGUCCAUAAAGAACAAAGCAGUGUUACUGCUGGUAGUUCAAGUGGUGGAUCACAAGGCAGUCAAGGCGGUUUCGGCCAAGGUGGUCAAAGUGGUUAUGGUCAAGGUGGUUUCCAACAAGGCGGUUCAAGUGGUUUUGGUCAACAAGGUAGCGGUUAUAAUCAACAGGGUGGCGGUUUCAACAGAGGUUGAUUUACACCACUCAUCAGAUAAAGUAAACUCGCCCAUUCAACCAGCUAAUUUCACAGAUAUUAGAACCGAUUCGAAACCAGUUAAUAAUUUAGUUCUAGAUCAGAUCAAUUUUUGUAACAAAUAUGUUGAUUGUUAAUUUAAAUUACGUAAAAUGUUUACAUAAAUCGAAACUAAUUUGUAAUAUGUACCUACACAAGAUAUUUCAAUACCUAGCUCACUGGAAAGUUUACCUUUGUAAAAAAUGGUAAAUAAGUACACAUCUGAACAUACCUCCAUUCAAACUCAAUAAAAUUCCAUGUUUCAGCAA